AUGCAGAACAGCCGUCAACUACGUGAUCCGGUAACAUUGCCAUCCGGUCUGGUUUUCAAGAACCGGCUACUCAAGGCAGCGAUGGCAGAAACCAUGUCCAAGUCUCACGACCCAACAGAUCAACUCCUGACUGCCUACAAAGCAUGGGGGAAAGGAGGCUGGGGUGGUAUCAUAACAGGAAACGUGAUGAUUGAUGAGCGCUGGCUUGGAAACGCCCUCGACGUCUCCAUCGCCCCCACCACCGAUCCCAAAGUCAUUGCCCAAUGGCGAAGAUACGCAGAAGCAUGCCAUAUUGAAGGUACCCCAGCUAUCGUCCAACUCAACCACCCCGGUCGUCAAAGCCCUCUCGGAGCGGGUAGCAAAGGUCUGUUCGAGAAGAACAUUGCACCUAGUCCAAUCGCACUGCAGUUCGAAGAUAACAUCUGGGCAAAGACCGCGCAGAAGCUCCUCUUCGGCACUCCGCGAGAGAUGACAAUUGCAGAAAUCGAAGAUGUUGUAACUAAGCACGCUGAUGCAGCCAAGUAUCUCAGCGAGCAAGGAUUCGACGGUGUAGAACUACACGCCGCACACGGAUAUCUACUGAACAUCUUCAUGGCUCCCAACACCAACAAACGUCAAGACAACUACGGUGGCUCGCCUCUGAACCGCGUCCGCAUCGUUCUCGACAUUAUUAAGGCUAUUCGCGCUGUGGUUCCAAAGACUUUCACAGUCGGCAUUAAACUUAACUCUGCGGACGUUGCACGCGCAAGCGAUAUGGAAGAGCUAAUGCAACAAAUCGAGUACCUCAAAGCCACUGGCAUUGACUUCCUUGAGAUUAGCGGUGGAUCGUAUGAGAACCCUAGGAUGAUGAAGGGUGAUGAGCCACAACCGGGUGAGAAGCCAGUUUCAGAGCGCACGGCAAAGCGUGAGGCCUUCUUCCUUGAUUUCGCAAGGGUGGUCAGGCAGAAAUUCCCGGAUGUGGUGCUGAUGGUCACGGGAGGUUUCCGCAGUCUGUCCGGUAUGCACGCAGCGCUCGAGGAGAAUGCUUGUGACUUGAUUGGUGUGGCGCGACCAGCUGCUAUAGAUGCGAGCUGGGCGAACAAGGUGUUGAAAGAGGAGGCUGCAGGUGGUGAUGUGGUCCUGAGGUUGGACGCUGUGAAGCCGAGUUGGUUGGUCAGCAAGAUUCCGGUCAGGGCUCUAGGAGCUGGAGCUGAGACUGCUUACUACGGACAGCAGAUUGCUCGUAUCGGUAAAGGAUUGCCAACACGAGCUCCCCCUACGACGUCAUGA